GACGCCGCAGACGCCGCGCCGCGGGGAUGCUCAGGGCUCCCGAGCCGCGGCCCAGGGCGGCGGGGGCGGCGCCCCAGCCCAAGCCGCUCACCUCCUUCCUCAUCCAGGACAUCCUGCGCGACGGCGCGGAGCGGCGCGGGGACCACGCGAGCAGCCCGCAGCCCCCGCGCCCGCCGGACCCGCGGCGAGAGGCGCAGCCGGAGCCCGGGCACGGGGGAGGUGGCGCCGGCGCGCCCGGGGACGAGUGGAGCGGCCGGCCCCGCGCCCCGCAGGAGGCCGACGCGCCCGCGGAGGGCGAGCCAGAUAGACACUUUGAGACUUAUCUGUUGGACUGUGAAAACAGUGCAGGCUCCUUACCAAGCCUUCCGCAAACCUCGAAGCAGCCGCAGAAGCGCUCCCGUGCUGCCUUCUCGCACACUCAGGUCAUUGAAUUAGAGAGGAAGUUCAGCCACCAGAAGUACCUGUCAGCCCCUGAAAGGGCUCACCUGGCCAAGAACCUCAAGCUUACGGAGACCCAAGUGAAAAUAUGGUUCCAGAACAGACGCUAUAAGACCAAGCGAAAGCAGCUCACCUCGGACCUGGGAGACCUGGAGAAGCACUCCUCCCUGCCUGCUCUGAAAGAGGAGGGCUUACCCCAGGCCUCCCUCAUCUCCAUGCAUAACAGCUACCCUUACUACCCCUACCUGUACUGCUUGGGAGGCUGGAACCCAGCUUUCUGGUAAUGCUGGCUCAGAUGACAAUCAUGAGUGAUCAAACACAGCCUUCCCCAGGUUGCGUCUCUCGAAGGCAAAAGGGGCCAAGCUCAGGGAGGACUGAAGAGGUCUACAAGAGGUGUGUGUCCUGAGGUGGUUGGAGGUUUGCAUGGGCAUCCCAGAGCCCUCAGUGAUGGGCCAAUGAAAGAUGGGGGACUGCGAAUAAUAUCCAAAUGGUUCUCCCAACACACAAAUGUGGGAUGUUUUUUGCUCUUAGGGACCUCCUUGAAAUCAAGUGCUGUUUCUAGCACUUCUUAUGAUUUUACAUGAGCUGUCUGCUUCUGAUUGGGGUUUCAACCCCAUCUUCUUGUAUAACCGAGCAUCAGCCCUGAAAGUGCAAACCUGAAGGGAAAAAGGUACAUCCGAGACAAGGGUGUCACCUCCUGAAUUACACUUAAGUUCAAAAACCUCUUGUUGGCCUUGGAUUACGAUCAAGGUUCCUCUCUGUCCCUGUAAGAGAGAGGGAGACACCUGCCAUGCUCAGCACAGACUGGCAUGGGAUACAGAGAUGGGGAGGAGGAGAUGAAAAUAUAAGCUUCUUCUUAUUCCUUUUUAAAUAACACGCCAACCUAAGUAUUUACAGGGUGGCCCGAGUAGAACAAGAAGCAUUCACUCUGGUUUUAGGACAAGCUGUAUAAACAGAAAUGUACUGCAAGGGGUGGGCCAGAAGACUCUCCACAUGUCUGAAACAACGGCCUGAAGAGAAGUCUCUGCACUGCGGCUUGUUGGCUUGUUUUGUGUGUGUGUGUGGGGUGGGAGGGUAAUUACAUUUUUUUGUUAAUAAAGGUAAAAACACCUCCUCUGGACCUUUUUUGCCCUAGA